AUGGCGCGGGUGGGACCCGGGAGGGCCGGGGCCUCGCGCCGGAGCUGGAGCGGCCGGCGGCGGCCCCCAACCUGGGAGAUCUCGGAUUCGGACGCCGAGGGCCCCGCCGGCGCGGAGGCGUCCACGAGAGCCCGGGACCCGGCGGAGGAGCGCAGGGUGGCGGCCGAGCCGUUGCGGCCGCUGCGGCCAGAGCAAGCCCUGAGGCGCCUCGCGGUGCGCGUGGACCCAGCCAUCCUGGAAGACGCUGGUGCCGACAUCCUGCUGGAGGCCCUGGAGGCCCUGGGCUGUGAGUGUCACAUCGAGCCCCAGUGCCCGGCCUGCAGCAUCCAGUGGAGCGGCGUGAGGCUCGACCCCUGCCCCCGCAGCGUACCCCCGGAGCUUUGGGCUGCAGAUGAACAGGAACUGCUUCUGCUUCUGGAGCCUGAAGAGUUUUUGCAGGGUGUCGCCAAGCUGGCCCAGGUCUCUGACCCAGCCUGCUCAGUGCCCUGGAUUUCUCCGCAGAUCUCUGCCCGACUCCACUUGGCCAUCAUUGGACUUGACACCUACCUAUGGUCUCGCCAGCCCACCACCCAGGGAACACAGCAGCCGGGGAGUCCAGAGGUAGCUGGUGCCAAGGUGACUGUCGGCUGGCCAGAGGUGGAGGAGGCCCUGGUGCUCCUACAGCUCUGGGCGGAUGUGGACGUGCUGCUGGUAGCCUCCUGGCAGGAGCUGAGUCAGCAUGUGUGCAGUGUCACCAGAGCGCUGGCCCAGCGCCCCUUCAAGCAGCACCGGGAGUCCCAGGCCUUCUCCUUCUGCACAAAGGGGCGUUGGGCCUCAGGCAAGCCAGCAGCAAGAGACGGCCUGGGGCUGCGGGAGGCCUGGUGGAGGCAGAUCCAGCAGUUCAAUCGGGUCAGCCCCGCCAUGGCCGAUGCCAUCGUCACGGCCUUCCCCUCGCCUCGCCUUCUGCAGCAGGCACUCACGGCCUGCAGCACUGAGCAAGAGCGCCUGGGCCUCCUGGCUGACCUCCCUGUGAAGGCCGGCGAGGGCAGGCGGCCCCGCAGGGUGGGGCCUGACCUUUCCCGCCGUAUCUGCCUCUUCUUGGCCACCACCAACCCCGACCUGCUGCUGGACCUGAGCUCCUGA